AUGACCACCACGAUUCACCCCGUGGUGCUGUCCUCUGGCCAUAGUGAUGGUGACGAGGAAUCGGAGGAAAUGAAGGAUGACGACCUCGAGAGGGCAUCCCCGCCGUCACAGCGCCAACUCCUCCUCGGCCUCGACGAUGAUGACGAUGCUAACGAGCUCCCGGCCGCGGAUUCCCCAGGUCCCGUCAGGGCAUCCAGGAGGGCAGAGUCUGCUCCCUCGACUGCGCGAGCGUCUGGCGAGGCGGCCCUAGGUGUGGGGGCGGUAGCACCCCCUCCUGAAGGCUCUCCACACCCCAUCGGGGAGGUCAAGGAAACGGGCCUUGUGCCGCAAGAUGCGUGGCCGACGAUCAUGCCGACCUCCGCCAAGACGGCCGUAGUUUCACCAGCCAAGGCCCCUCAGGGGGAGGCCAUCGCCCCUACGGACGGUGGUGCCGUAGCGGGGCAUGCCGGGGGUCACUCCAACGGCCCCCGAAGCAAGGCCAGGGCCACGUCGAGGAAGGAUGGGGGCGCAUCGUCCUCCGAGGAGGAGAAGAAGAGGAAGUGGGCUACGCCAGACGAGGGCGAAGGCGCGGAGAGGAAGAAGAAGAAGAAGAACAUCCUUGCGAAUGUGCCUUUCGCCCUGAAGGCGGUUUUGGCGCUUGGUCGCAGCUCUGGCGGGCGCGGGGGCGCGCAACACGGACCCGACGCCAUUCUCGGGCACACGGGCACCACUGCAACUGGGCGUGCGGGUGCGCCAUCUCCUCUUGGCGCUUCACCAGCGCCGCUAGGAGGGCCGGCCAACAAGGAUGUGGUGGCUAGUUACACGGCGCCCCUUGUCACGGUCACGGCAGCUCCAGCCAUGGCCCGGGGAGAGACGCCUCACCCCCCGCUGGUCGAACUCGACUCAGGGCGCGCCGCGGCGUAA